AUGGCUGCACCUGGCUCAUAUUCGGCGUACAAAACCAACGUCGGUCGCUCCGUCACCAAGAAAUGGAAGGACGCGAACCAAAUCAAUUACGACGGCGAUGACUGGGGUGAUGACGACGACAAUGGAUAUGACGACCAUCCUGCUCCUCAGCCUGCCUCUGCCGACGAUUUCCGACGUCCUGCUUGGGACCGUCAGUCAAAUCGAAGCUUCACCAAUCCUAUCCCUGCAUCGUAUGCGCCCCCGCCUGCUCCCUCUCAAAACUACAACAGACCCUCUUUCGAUCGAGGAGAUGAACAGCGCAGUUUCUCUUCCGGUCCUGGUUUCAAUUCAGCUUAUCCCUCCUCCCAGCGCGAUCCUUUUCCAGAACCUCAACAUGAUUAUGAUUUGCCUGCUUCAGCAUAUCGAGAUCAACCUCCUUUGCGGCUGAAUACCCAAGGUCCUCCACCAUCCAAUGCCUUCCGCCCGGGUUCAAGAGGCAGACAGUAUCUUCCGAACAAUGAUUCUCAUUCCCCACUGUCUGCCCCGGGCGUCUUCUCCCAGCAACAGCGAAGGUCUGGCUCAAGUAGCCGCCCUCCACCAAGUGAGAUCUUUCAGCGAUACGACAGCCCCAGAAGACCCGACAGCCGGGGCUCCAACGCCUCAGGCAGGCAAUUUCCUCCUCGCAAGGCCAGUCUUGGUCCGCAGUCCCCCGACUUUACUCGCCCAGGAAUUGAUCCAGUCGCAACGUCGUCGCCUGCUGCAGCCAGUCCUCCCGCCGAUGACAGACCAAUCCCGGCCUUUGUCCGCCCUUCGGAUAUCUACAAAAAGAUGGAGGAAAUGGAGAAGGUGCGCAAGUCGCAAGAUUCUUCCCGACCCAGUAUCGAUUCUACCUCUGUUCGCGUUCACCCCGAACCUCUCGAUAGCAAGCCCAUGGUCGUUGAAUCCCAGGAUCCUCCUGUCGAAGAUUCGGAUUCCGCCAGGCGGCUCAAGUCCACCCUAGAUCCUGUCCCAGAGCGUAAGAGUGAAUAUGGCAUGGAUAAUCUAACCAUUCCUGCCUUGGUACAAUUUGCACCUCCUGCUAAUGAUAGUCCAACCCAAGUCACCGAGGCGGGCGUCGAAAGACACCCCACAAAUGCCUCUUCGGUCUACACUGAUCGUCCCGAUCCAGUUUCUGCUUCCACAAUCUCGAGAAAUCAGUCCAUGCACGAAGGCAUCCCUGAGGAACCCUCCUCCAUAAGUCGACUCAGUUAUGGUUUGCCUGCCAUUGGCAGGAUGUCCAGUUUCGGAUUCGACCUUGGUUCGUCUGACCCAUUGGGUCCCAGCUCUACAAGUCAUAUGCCACCAACUCCUGCUCAGCCUCCGCCUCCGCCACCGAUCCCUAUCAAGGACGAAUCUACCGUGGAGCCACCUGCCGGUGGCUUGCGAACCCAACCACUACAACAUCAGCCAUCGCUGGGCUACAGGUCUAUGGUUCAACAAGCUUUUGAUGAUAGCCAAAAAGAUACCUCCUUCUCGCCCGUGUCAACAACCAAUAGUAUGUUCAGGUCCAACAGUGCCUCCACUUCAGACAUUAGUCCCAUAAUCAGUCAUAAACCACACAUGCUGGCCACUGUCUCGGCCGCUCAAAGUACCACCCCUGCGAUUCUUGAGGAACCAUCCCAAACAGACUCUCGCAGAAAUACUACCGAGACCCUCAGAGCUGACCCCAAGUCCAUGCCAUCAGCCCAGCAGGGCUCUAUCCUCAGUCCAGACACCUACACUGCCCACUCAGCAAGUAUUGAUCCUCCCACACACUCGGGACCAGGUCCGGCCCCUGUAGCUACUGGUGCUCCAACUAUACCUGCUGGGGAAGGAAACAACUCGAAUGCGCCUCCAGCUACGAACUCGCCUAUUGAGAAAGCACUGCCACCAGUUCCCGCUCCACCGGCUGAGACUGCCCCUGCCACGGAACGAUCGACCUCUGAGGAGUGGAGAGAAUGGCAAGCACAGCGGAAACAGUUCAACGCCCAGGCUGGUUUCCAGGAUAGCGGACCAACCACUCCGCAUCUUCCAUCACCCAUUCCGCGCACCGAAAGUCCACCCAAGGGCACAGUGAGAGAUAUAGCCGAAAAGCUCGAAACAAACUCUGGGCGGUCAAGCCCGAACAACAUUAGCAUGGCGCCUCCAGCACCGGGGCCUACCAUCGCAGAGCCUACACGACCCGCACCACAGCUCCGAAACGAAAGCUUCCGCCCAGCACUUCCAGGAGGCUGGCAGUCAUAUGCUUCUACCGCCCCUUCGGAAUCUCAGCAGGCAACGGAACCCUCAAUUCGUCCGUCACCGCUAGGUGCACACCGAUCAGAGACUACCGAAAGCAUUCCCACAGCAAGGGCCCCAGUUCGUGACACAAAUGAUGGCGUCACUAAGACCGCUUUUGCAGCUGCAGCUACUGCUGGUACUGCCUUGGCGAGCGCUUUCAUGGGACAUCAAGAGCCAGAGCCCAAGUCGGUACCCAAAUCACCUACUCGCUCUGAGAUCUCCAGUGAAAACGAAUGGGACGAUUCUAGCUCGGAGGACGAGGGUGAACGACCGCCAGCGGGUAUGGAUCAAGCAAACCACGGCCGAGCUGUAUCCCCGGACAAUUUCAAGCCAGCUGGUCCGGAAACGUUGGCCGAUCGAUCUGUGAUUGCGGCGACUAUCCUUCCUUCCACCGCUUCUACAAGUGAUAGUGGUCGGCCUCGAUCGGAUUCGAUUGAAUAUCCUGCUCCAUUGCGAACAAGCAGAAUAUUGGAUUCAAGUCCAAUGGCACGGCCUCCUAUUCCCAACGUUGCCUUGUCUACAACCUCAACCAAUGAAGACAAUGACAGAUUGCAGCAUGACAUCGUCAACAGCUUGACGCCGAAAUCUUCUAAUAUUGAUGGAGAUACCUUUGGAGCUAGUUACACUGGCCCUAAUUUGGCACAACCCAAUGAGUCGACCUAUGGGCCAACAGUGGUCGCUCAGACCCCUUCAAACAUCAAGGCAGCCAUCCAACCCAACCAAACUCCGCAAACCUCUCAUUCUCUCGUCACCGUUGGCAGCCCGGUGCCGACUCCACCCUCUACACAAGCUGUUCCCCCAAUGCAGAGACCACAUUUGCAACAACGAUUUUCGUGGGAAACCAGCAGUGAUAAGACACCGUCAACUGCAACACCUAAACAACUGAGCCCUGCCGCUACUAAUUCGCCCGAUACUAUUCGGGAGGCAAUUCAGCCAAUGUCGAGUUUGUCGGGUAUAGCUGCCCAUGCCGGACAAUAUGAGGGCGGCAACAGUCAACAUACUGUGGAUUCUGGACGACCAUCAAUACCAGGAGGGCUCAACCAGAAUACCACACCCUUUUCCAGUGGAUCCCAGCAAGCCUUCUCACAAAAUGAGCCUGUCAGUAGCCAGCCACCACUUAACGUGAAUCUACCAGCAACAACACCUGGACAGAUACAACCUCAGUCGGCAGGACUCCAGCAUUCUGCCAGUCAGUAUCAACCAGGACCAUCAAAUCAGUUACCCCGAUCAGAUACAGUACAAGCACAAUUCUAUGCUGGCCAAUCUUCUACUUUUCAACAGCCAUCUCAUGAACGUGAGACAACACCAACUCCAACAACCACUGACAUUACUCCUUUCUCUGGUAUCAACAAUACUGGGAACACUGAAUUUGCUCCGUCGCAAUUGCAACACCAAUACCAGCAAGCCACAUCCGAACCAAUGUCGUUUCAGUCCAUUCUAGCACUUGGCACUCCUCAUGAAAGGAUUCUGGCAUUUAAUCAGAGCAGACAAGCUUACGCCGAAUCUGAUGGGCAGUUAGAAGGAUGGCUUUCAUCUCUGAAUACAUCUGAACAUUCGGAUGUUUUCACGCUCAACGGACGUGUUUCACAUGAUACCACGGAGUCGAAUUCCGCUCACAAGCCAUCUCCGCGACGCACUUUGACCGAGUCGGUGGGCUCUAGACACAUACAAGAAGAUGGCAAGAAGCUGAUGGCGAAGGCGGGAAGAUUUGGUGGCAAGGCCGGAAUCGCGGCGAAGGGGUUGUUCGCAAAAGGAAAGGAAAAAAUCCGAACUGCAAGCUCUGGCGAAAAGGGACGACGAAAGUCGACGGAACUUCCCUCGACGGAAUCCAACGAAGUUCUCCCAGAUCCACAAUCUCAGCCACAGCCACGAGAUCCCACAUUCCUCGAAGGCCCACCACAAAUUCCAUUCACACUCUCCCCUGCCAGCCCUCUUGAAUCGUCGGAUUGGUUCGCAAAUUCUAGCCUUAAUCGCUCUAAGCAAGCAGAUAAUACAGGCUCAUCAAUUGCGUCGUUCACCCAAGAUCAAUCGAGUCAAGGGCAAGAGAAACAUCAAGGUAUAUCUGGUGACACAAACAAGUCCAGUGUGAAUCCGACGAGCCCUGCUAUUUCUGCCCUUGCCGACGAUGAUCACGAAGACGAAGACGGGCUCCCAAGUCGAUCUGUUAGUCAAUUGACUCGACCAACAGCUGAUGACUCACCAGUAGGCUCACCUCAGAGGAUUACAGCAGACAGAGACGUGGUAAGGGAGGACGUUCCUCCUCAUGUGCAACAGCAGCUCCAGGCGACAGACACUUCUGCAGUGACAAAUUUGAACGCGCCCGGGCUCUUACUAGGACAAGCCCAUGGCUCCGAUGUUCAUUCAAGUGACCGCAGCCUUCAGGUACCCGAUGGUCGAAGACGAUCAAUCAUUUCCGAUGUCUCCAGUGCAAGUCCUAGUCCUGGCCCGGACUCUAGCAAACAGAUCAGAAGAAGUGUGUCUCCUGCGGAUGAUGUUUUACAGUCACAAAAUGCUGUAGAAGAGGAAAUCCAAAGUCAACCAAGAGAGGUCCGUACGAGUGAAGACAAUCAACUUCCAGGUUAUGAUCAGGUUGUGCCAGAACCUGUAGAUUUACCACCUGAGAAAUCUGCCCUCGAUGACCCACCUCCUCGGAUAGAUGACCCUUAUCAGCGGGCAGAAGCGGAAUCAAAUCCAACAGUAUCGCCCCCAGGAACAGUUCAACAACCCGAGGCUGUACACCCAGGCAAUGAGUACCGUGGCUCUCAAGAUGAACGUUUGUUGCCGUCAGAUGGUGGAGUUGCCGUUGAUUCAGCACGCCAUUUGCAAGAACCAGUGACUGAGGAGCCGAGAAAAGCAUCACCUCCACCACUCAGUCCUGUGAGUCAAGCCCUCAGCAAGGAGAUGUCCCAAGUCAGUGUCGACGAAGUUUUUGACCAAGCGAAUGCAAUUGGACAGCGACAAUCAAGAUCAUACUCGAGACCUUUCAGCGCAGAUCCAAAUGUUCGAAAUCAUCCUGCUUUCAAGACAUCAGAACCUGAACAGCCCAGUAUUGAUAGAGCACAAAUGUAUUCCAGCGAGAGCCCACUACCUAGUGCUCGCCGUCAUCUUGAGGAACCGGAUCGCUCCCAACAACAAAGGGGUUCUCAGCAGUAUGAGGCUACUCCAUCUGCAAGAGAGCAACCUCCUUCUGAUGGGGCUUACCGCAUACCUGGCCCAUAUAUUCAGAACUACAGGUCCCCAAAACAGAUCACUACUCCUCGUAUUGGACGUAGUGAGACACAGGUCGAGGCCAGUGGACAACCCUUGCCAAGCGCCCUUAGGUCUCAGCAGCAGCAGCAACAUCAACAAUAUCAGCAGCAGCAGCAACCCCAAAAUUCUGGGCACUUCCAGCAGACGCAGCAAAUACAGCAAGACAGCCAAUAUCAGCAGUACCACCAUCAACAGCAGCAGUACCAAUCUCAACCUCAAGCCCAAUAUGUGGUGGCAUCACAACCACACUUGGAUCAGGAUUCAGGAAGACCUCCUUUCAUUCCUGGGCAACAACACGCACAACAGAAGCAGCAAAGGUACGGAGGAACCCCAGCAGAACACGGUAGACAGCAGUCUUAUGGAGGUAGCAUAACUUCCAAUCGAAUAUCGCAGCAACCAGAUCAAUAUACUCAACGGCAACAACAGCCAAUGGCUCCGCCUCCAGCCCCGAGCUCUGCAACUCCAGUCGUACCUCCUCUUGCUGGACGCAAGAAGAGCACUUUUGGGAGCUUCUUUGGGGGCGGAUCCAAAACAAAAUUGAAAAAACAGGAACGUGCACCCGCACCUGCAUCUGCACCUGCACCUGCACCAGUGCCACAAAAUCAAGAUGGCCAGCAGAGAGACAAGCGUGCGAGCAUAUUCAGACGUAACAGCCGGCAUGACAGUAUCUCCUCCCAACAGAGCGGUCAGUACCAUAACCAUGAUCAAGUCGGUCAGCUUCCUCCAUCGAACAUGCCUCCUCACUCAGCUCGGAGACAGUCCAGAGACCUGAUGAGGACUUCUAGUAAUGAAGGCAGAGAUCAGCCAGUUGAGAAGAAAAAGAGAUUUUCUGGCUUUGGGAAUAAGCUCUUCAAAAGUGGAAGUACAGCUAAGGCUCCAACCGCAGCUCAUUCAGCUCCACAACAGCCUGGUAUUGCUACUGCACAACCCUACCCAGAUCAAUAUACUGCGCAGAACUACUUGUCCCCGCAAAAUUCUUACGGGCAAUACUCUGGAGAUGCUUGGACUACACAACAGCAGCAGCCACCCCCACAGGUUUCCAGAGGCUUUUCCGAGUCUUCACAGCAGCAGCAAAUCCAGCCCGCAUACCCACGUGGUCCACAACGAGAAUUCUCACAACCUCAAAGAGCAUAUACCUAUGGUUCACAACAAGGGCGACCAGAAUCUCAAGAAUACUCAACUGUUCCUGCCAACCAGCACGACAAUCAAUAUCCAACCACGACCUCCCCAUUCCAGUACACUUCUGGGACGCCAGGUAGUGGUCCCGGAUCCAUGCAUCAACCUCAAUCUGCCGUUUCUCCACAAUUAGGCAAUGCUUUCCCAUACAUCAACCCUGACCAACGACGUCCCUCUGAUCUACGAAUUGACACAAACACACCUAAUCGUUCCUCGCAGAAUGUCCCUGCCACUGCUCCUGCACAAGUAUACCCAAAUCGUGGUGCCUCAUUCUCUCCUCCACCCCCGGGUAGUGCAGCGCCCCGACCAUACGGGAGCAGCAGCCCAGGGUUCACAACCACUACAGCACCCGCUUCAGCGGCAGCGAUCCCCGCUGUCGGUGUCGGGCGUGAUCACGUCAUCGACCUGCACAAGCGUUCUCGUUCACCCAAACUCGGCCGCAAGAACUCAUCCGAAGACUUCGAUGCGCGACGACGCUCAGAACAACAAAAUGGACUGGCCGCCACUGGACUGGGCACCUUCAUUUCCAAACGAAUCAGUCCCGUUGGUGGUGUCCCAAGGCCAGACUCCGACCAGGAGCGCCCAUUCGCCAUCGGUCUACCUGGUCUCGACGAGGACGCCGAUCGAAACAAAACCCGAGUUCGCACCAUGAGCCCCGUGCCACCAUCCACACAAACCCAACAUUCGCAUCACCACACAUCUUCAGACCUCGCCGCCGGCCGCAGCGGCACACCUGUGAGUCUCGACGGCUCCGCAACAGGCGCUUCCCAUGCUGCCGUCGGGACAGGCACCUAUUCGCGCGCCACCCACGCCGGCGCCACCGACGGCCUCGUCAGUCGCUCCGGCACGAGCGCAGCGCAGCACCAGGCACAGCAGGGCAAGGCGAUCGCACGCGACAAAUCCGUCGGCGGCGCAGCCGUUGAAUUACCUGGCUCCAAACCCGACGGUUACGAGAGCGAGGAGGAGGUCCUCAUGAGCGCCACCGCGUACCCGGGUCAGGAGUGGAUGCCGACUUUCGUGGGUGAUGGGAGGUGGGACGAUUGA